AUGACUGUUCUUUUCUCUUCAGUGUCAUUUGUUUUAUCCAGGAUGGCGGCAUGCGGGGGCGCCACUAAAAAUAAGCUCACGGUCUCUAAGCCCGUCUGGGACUUCCUGACCAAAGAGGCCCCCUCCAAGCUGGUCAAGCUGAAGGAGGAGACCAAGCUGAGCAUUCUGAUCGACGGGGAGACCUCGGAGAUCUACGUGCUGCAGCUCUCCACGCCGGCCCCCGGGGCCGGCAACGGCCUCUACCUGGCCCGCAAAGCCCUCAAGGCCCUGCUCAAGGAGACGGAGAAGGAGCUGAAGAAGGCGCAGCGUCAGAGCGAGCUGGUGGGGUGCAUGGCCCUCUGGACAAACCCGGGGGCGAGCUGCGCCCGCACGGGGCCGGCGUGGUCUCCCGGGGUCAGCAGACCACCGGGGCCAGGGCGGGGGGCACAGGAGGAGGAGGAGCAGGAGAGCCAGUGCCCCAUCUGCCUGGGCGAGAUCCAGAACGUAAAGACGCUGGAGAAGUGCCGGCACUCCUUCUGCGAGGACUGCAUCACGCGGGCGCUGCAGGUCAAGCGGGCCUGCCCCAUGUGCGGGCGCUUCUACGGGCAGCUGGUGGGCAACCAGCCCGAGAACGGGCGCAUGCUGGUGUCCAAGGACUCGGGCCUGCUGCUCCCCGGCUACGAGAAAUACGGCACCAUCAUCAUCCAGUACGUCUUCCCGCCUGGCGUCCAAGGGGUGGAGCAUCCCAACCCUGGUGUGCGGUACCCGGGCACCACGCGGGUGGCCUACCUGCCCGACUGCCCGGAGGGGAACAAGGUGCUGGCGCUAUUCCGCAAGGCCUUCGACCAGCGCCUGACCUUCACCAUCGGCACCUCCAUGACCACGGGCAGAGCCAACGUCAUCACGUGGAACGACAUCCACCACAAAACCAACUGCACCGGGGGACCCCAGCUAUUCGGGUACCCCGACCCCACGUACCUCGCCAGGGUGCAGGAGGAGCUCCGAGCCAAAGGCCUCACUGAGGAUUAA